CUUUAUAGCUCCAGGUAUAGUUCAACUGUUAAGAUAGCAGCGCAAAAAUUCCACUCUCUACGCGAAAUAUUGGUCAAAUGGUCAAUUUUCCACCAAUAAAUGGCGCAAAUGGAUUUUAUUACCGCUCAUGGCCCGAAUUUUGCCCCAUCCCCCUGUUUUCAUCGUGCUAAUUCCUAUGGCACCAUUCUGAAUUGCGGGGUUAAGCAUUUCGUAUUUACCCCGCCGUAUAUCAUAACCAGAAGUAUUGGUAUAUCUAGGACAAAUUUCGCGACGUGGUGGUUAUGCUGUUGGUGAUAAAUUUCAAUAAUUAGACAUAUAUACAAAUUAUAUCAUUUCACUUAGAGGAGAUAUAGGACUGAGAAAGUGUAACAAAAGAUGGGUUCACAUUCUAACUCGGCACUAAAAAUAGUCUUUGGGGCUAUGACCCUCGGAGAGAAAGGCGCUGAUCAAGCUCGAAUUCAUACCUUGGAGGAAUGUGCAGAAAUCUUAGAUGUAUUUCAAGGGUUUGGCCACUCAGAGGUCGACACAGCCCGAGUGUACGGCGGAGGGAGCUCUGAAGAGUUCCUUAGACAACUAGAUUGGCAAAAGAGAGGCAUUGUCAUGGAUACCAAACUGUCACCUGCUGGCGGCAAGUACAACCAUACGCCGGCAGGUAUUCGACAAGGCCUCUUGGAGAGCAUGAAGGCUCUCGGAGCUGAAAAUGUUGAUAUGUGGUACCUACAUGCGCCUGAUCAUAAUACACCGUACGAGGAUACUCUUCGCGAGGUCAACAAGUUAUACGAAGAAGGCUACUUCAAACGGUUGGGGAUUAGCAACUACUCAGCCUGGGAAACAGCUCAGAUAAGCGAACUUUGCAUUCGUAAUGGUUGGAAGAAGCCCGAUGUCUACCAAGGCGUGUACAAUGCCCUCCACCGAGGCGUAGAACCAGAGCUGUUCCCUUGUCUGAGAUAUUAUGGCAUCGCGUUUUACCAAUUUAACCCCUUGGCAGGAGGAAUGCUCACUGACAAGUAUAAACUGGAUUAUAAAGAACACGAGCAAGGCAGUCGAUUUGAUCCUUCACAUCAGCAGGGUGCUAAUUACCGAGAGAGAUACUGGAAUGAGACUUAUUUCAAGGCCCUGGAUAUUGUGAGGCCAGCGGCUGCUAAGCUCGGCAUCAGCACCGUUGAGGCGGCCCUUAGAUGGUCUCUUCACCACAGCUUAAUGCAGAAUCAAUAUGGUGACGCUGUGAUUAUUGGGGCAAGCAGUGUUCAGCAGCUAAAGGAGAACUUGACAAGCUUGCAAAAGGGGCCACUUCCAGAUGAACUCAUUGCGGCCUUUGACAAGGGAUGGGAAGUGGUCAAGCCGGUCUGUAAGCCGUAUUUUCGUUAAGAGCAGGCUAUUAUAUAUGCCUAUUACAUCGAUUCAUGAACAACGCAACGAAUACAGGGUCCAAAGAUAGAUCAGUGCGCUUAAAUGCAAGCUACCACGAAAGAAAGAGUAAGUAUACUAUGUUACAUAGCGUAAUAUACUCAAAACGACUCACUUGUGCAAAAUUUCUCUUCCUUUACGGCGUCUCGCUAUACUAGCUACCUAUUUUUUUACCCGUGGUUUUUCUAUAACUUAUACCAUUAAUUGUACUUUCUUAAAGCGAUGAUCUGGGGGGUAGGACCUCACGUACAAUUUUAAGAAGGAUGAAAGAGAGAUUUAAGUAUUUAGAGUAGCGAUAAAU